UCACACUACAACCUGAGCAACCUGCAGAAAUUAUUCCUCUUUAUCACACUAUACUGCAGGCCCCGUUGGUUCGUAGGGGCUUUCAUUUCAUUGGCUUUCUGAACAUUUAUGAUCCCUCUACGCAUUCACACAUUUAUUUUCUCCAUUAGUUCCAUGAAUAAUGCUGUAUGAAUCGGUAAUCUAUCUUCUUGAAGAAGAACACGAGAAUGUUUGGAAUGCAGCAGGUGUUAUCUUGGAUAUUGACUCAGGAUCAUGGGCAGACAGAUCACCACUGCAUGAAGCCGCAAGUCAGGGACGGCUACUUGCACUGAAAACAUUGCUUUCUCAAGGUUACAAUGUGAACACUCUAACGAUCGAUCAUGUGACUCCACUACAUGAAGCAUGCCUGGGAGAUCAUGUUGGAUGUGCAAGAACUCUUUUGGAAGCCGGAGCAAAUGUGAAUGCUACAACUAUUGAUGGAGUGACUCCUUUAUUUAAUGCAUGUUCAAGAGGCAGUGCUAGUUGUGCGGAACUGCUACUGGAGUAUGGCGCCGCAACGCAGCUGGAGACAUGUCUUCCUUCCCCUACUCAUGAGGCAUCAAGUAAAGGCCACAGUGAAUGUUUGGAUGUGUUGAUCUCCUGGGGUACAGAUGUGGACCAAGACAUUCCUCACCUAGGCACUCCUCUCUAUGUGGCAUGCAAAGCACAGCACUUGACUUGUGUGAGAAAACUCCUGUAUGCAGGUGCUAAUGUACAGCAGGGAAGACAUUUGGAUACUCCAUUACAUGUUGCCGCUCAGCAGCCCAGUACAGACAUUGUAAGUCUAUUGUUAGACUUUGGUGCUGAUAUAAAUGCCAGAAAUAUAGAUUUCAAACGUCCAGUUGAUGUUGCUGCUGCAAGAAGCCCGGUGGAGAGACUCCUUCUGUUGUAUGAAGCUAAUCCAUGUACGCUAUGUCAGCUGUGCCGACUCCAUAUUCGAAGUUGCAUUGGACAAUCUAGAUUACAUCUUAUUCCACACCUGCAGUUACCAACUGUGCUGAAAAAUUUCUUACAAUAUCGGGAAAGUAUUAGGAACUUUUAAUGUUUCUGUAAAUGUGUACAGUAGGUCAGUGCUGUAAAAUCACUUUACCUUUAGCAAAAUAUGUCACUGAUAGUUAGCUCAAUGCCUCACAAAGUAACAUUUUGCACUUAUACUUGUAUAGAAUAUUUUAACUGUAAUGAACUUUAUGUGUGUGUGUGGUGUUAUGUUAUGUGGGUAUAUACAAGUAAUACAAUACGUUCAAAAAGUUACAGCUCCUGAAUUUUUAUUUGGAAACAUUCAAUAGCUGUAGCAUUCCAGAUUGCUGCGUCUGAAGCAGUGUUAAUGCAUUUCCAGAGGACAAGUCCCAUCAUCUUCCACAGCUAAAUGGUUUUAACACUUCAAAUGUCCUCAAUAAAGAUGGGUACACACUUUUACGAUGACUCUGCUGAUCAGGUUACCCUCCCCAUCAGCAGAGCCGUGUGUCCCCAGCUUGACCUGCUAUCAGCCUCCUCACAGGCCCGUACAUACUGUAUUCACUUUGCUAGAAGGAGCUCAGUGUAUACGGCCGUCUAUGGGAUGGGGAGGUUGGCCCGAUCCUUGCGUUGCAGGAGUGUCAUAAGCCGUUUAUCAGCUAAUGCUCCUACAACAGACCUGCAUACACACCAUAUUUGCCGAUAUUUUGGCAGCCAGCUCAGCAUGGCAGAAGGUGUGGUGGAGCAUACUGGGGGUGUGGCCACGGGGGGUGGUGAUGCUGAGUAGUGGCGGUGUGGGAGCAUGUCAUCUGUGGGGGUUUGCAGGCAGGCGGCAGCUGGCCGGGAGACUUGCCCACUCUUCAGGGGGGCCGGGAGCACCACCUGAUUUUCCGGAGCCUCCCAGCCAUUCCGGGAGAGUAGGCAAGUCUAAUACACACCUAUACAAUUGUCAGCCCGUUCACCUGAUAUCGGAUGAUCAGCUAAUGGAUUGUAUAGAUCUGUACCCUGGUUAAGAUGGGUUUACCGCUGUAUGAUCUUUGCACUAGUUGUUACAAAUUAAAACUGUAAAUAAUUUAAAGGGGCUCGCUAUACAAAUGAUCAGAUUACCCUGCCAUUCUACUGAGUACUCCCCAUAAUAAUAAUAAUAACUGUGUGUUAAUCAUAAAAAAGAGUUUGUUGAUACUUUUUAAGAAGAAUAGAAGAAAUUACCGUAAAUUACUGUAAUUGCUAUAUGGAGGUAUAGCACACAUUAAAAUUGGGACACAAACAUCUGAUGGAAAUCACCGGUUGGUACGCGCUAUCCUUCGUGGUAUCAUUACAGUAUAUUUUAUGGCAUUUCUUAUAUAGACAGAUAACAUUUUCGUUAACUAAGGGCCUGAUUUAGAGAUGUACACAGUGUCGAUAUACAGUAUGGUGUGGAGCAAUUAUUGCCACUGUGCAUGCAUCAGAGUCGCACUGCGCAUAUGUUGCGAUGGUCCUAGGUCCGCGGUCACAGGGAGGAUUCAUUCACAAAGUGCUUGACACUAAGGGACCGUUUGUGGAAGGUAAUGGUGGAGUGGUGACUUAUGCAGCCAUUUCAGCUGCGUCACAGCUUGUGACUGCGAUACUGUAAACAGUUACAAUGACUCCUGUAUGACCCCAGGGUUAGCCAGAAGGUCACUGUUUGACUGCUGUACACCCGAUGGUUGCGUCUUUGUAUGCAAAUGGCGGUUCAGAGACACCACUAGUGGGUGCAGAGGUACAUAUUCUGGUGGCUGCAACAUUUGCAUAUUUUCGCACAGUCGCUGCGCACAAAUUCUCAGCUGCGGUGGCAUUAGUGUACAUCAACGAAUCAGGGCCUGCAUUGUAGAGCAUAUGGGUAAGCUUCAUUAUUUUAUUAUAAUAUCAAUUAUAACAUUAUUCAAAAAUCAGUCACUACAAAAUUGUGGGUGACAUAUCCACUUGCUCUGCAAUAUCCAUAUGCAAAUGUACAAUAAUCUAUGCAACCCAAACAGCACUGCCUAUUCUAUGUCGAAUCCUCCAUUGUGUUGAAUAACCUCAAUGCAGAAGCACUUUCUAUGUAAAUGUACUUGUAUUCUGAUGAUGAUGAUGAUGAUGAUGAUGAUGAUGAUUCUCAUUGGAUGAAAGUUCAGUGUUCACUUUAUCAUUUAAUAAAUACAUAUAUAAAUA